AUGUAUAGAAUGAAUAGUGUCUAUAAGAAAACGAUUUUAACUAAGCAAAGAGACAAACUUAUUGAAGAAUUAAAAUACUAUGAAAAGCGGAUUGAGGAGGCCAAGCUAAGCAUAACAGAUACGUUCGAAUACGAUGAAAGUUCCGAUUCUGACUCCGAUCUGUGCGCCCCCGUUGAAGUUGGGCCGUCUGUAACUGGGUUGAAAAUCCUAAAAUCAGCACAACAAACUUGCCUUAAUGCUACUCAGGAGCUUACUGACCUCCAAGUGUUAGAGUCUGAAGUCAAUGUUUUGGUUGAUGAUCCAGUUUUAAAUGGGGAGCCACCAGUGAACGAAGAUGGUAUAUGGCGAGAGGUGUCCAUAGAGUGCAAAGUUGACCUCGUGCCAUUCUCUAUGAUGUUCUAUGUCCAUCAACCUAAUCGGAAAUUCGGACCUCCGUCCUUUCGGUGCCUUAAGGUAGCAGCGGUCAAAAAGGCGCAUGAGAGCGAGCUGAAGCAGUCGGUAUUGGUUGACUUGACCAGACCAAGUGACUCCUUUGAGGUUAUUAAAAGUUAUGCGGUCGCCCAUCGAUCACGUCGUACGACCCUUGCGCGGCUCGCCGAGAAAUAUGGGAAUUCCUUGUACAUGAAGCCAAUUCCAGAAGGCGGUUACCAGUUAAAAUGUUCGAAUAUUCUCGAAAUUACUUGGAUCUUGGAGAACAACUGGUCACCCAUCGCCUCAUUUCAUCACCGCAUGAAAUUCGACUUGGAGUACAUAAAUGAAUCGUAUAUAAAGACAGUAGCUCAAGCACACAAACAACUGUCCAAUCCAAAGCUUGACACGGAUGAGAGGACGUUAUUGUUGGCUAAAAUCAUCAGCACAUGCUUAGAAGCCCAAGGGCUGAAUCACAGUGUACAAGAAAGCACAGAAUCCGAGUCGGAGACAGUAAGAAUAGAGAAAAGACGCAAGAGCUUAGACAAAGAACCGGAAAUGCCGGUACCAAAGAAAAAGAAAGAGGAUUGUGAAGUGAUGGCACCACCAAAAGCACUCCCCAAGAAGCCUAAAGGCAAAGAAAAUGUAAAUCACAAAACCAGCAAAGCAGGGAAAAGAGUGAACAGUGAAAUUGUUGAUAAUAUUGAAGGAAAGAAAGCAAAGAAUAAUAUCCCUGAGAAAGUAUUAGAACCUAAGAAUAUAGUUAGUCACAAGAGAACUGCAAAUGAAACAGAAAAUACAAAGGUCAAUAAUGAUAUUAAAGAAAUGUCGCGUAAAAACAAAAAGUCUGAUAAUUUAACUAAAGACAGAGAGUUAAAAGAAACUGGUAACGAAAAUGUCAAAAAUCCUAAUAAAAUGGAGAGGGAAAAUAAUAAUAUCGCUAAACGUAGUCUGAAAGAAAUAGAAUCAAAAAGACCUGCUAACACUCAAAAUCAAAAUAAGGAAAAAGAGGGCAAACCUAAGAACUUUAACGAAGGAAAUAAAAAACCGGAAAAAGGUAAGAAAUUAAUUUCUGUUGAAUAUAUUAUUCCUAAAAAAGACGAUACUAACAGAGAAAGAUCUGGCAACACCGUGCAAUCAACAAAAUUAGCGGAUAAGUUAAAUAUGAAAACCGUCAAAGAAAAUGUACAUACAAGUACCAAAGGUAAACAAGUUUUAGAACAAACCGAAGUAAAACAUAAGACCGAUAAAUCUAAAAAUACGCUUCAAGGUAACGAUGAUAAUAAAAAAGAAAAAAAUGUGGCCAAGGACAAAAUUGUAUCCAAACCUGUUAAAAAUAUCGCAAAUGAUAAAGUUCAGAUGUUUAAUAAAACGAAAUCCUUAAAAGAAACCGUUGUGGAGAAACCUAAGAACAUUGAAAACCAACCAAUCAAUGGUGGCAAGGAAGCUACCACAAAACAUCAUACAUUAUCUGGCAACACAGUAAAUGCAAAAGGUUUAAAAACCCAUCAAAAUAAACCAAAAGCUUCUAUUACAAAAUCAAUGAAUAGCACGUUCAUCAAAGCUCCCAAAUUUGAUAAACGUAAUCCUAAUUUGCAGACGUCGUCGAAAAUACCGCAAACCACCAAGAAGUCGUCGAGCGCCGAGAAUAUACUCAAGAAGAAUCCUUUGAGGAUCAGUCCCAGUAAGUAUCUUCAUCAUUCUGAGCACCACAUUCUUGAAAUGGGCCACUGUUUGGUUACCUUCACUAGCAUUUUCUACUAUAUUGCUAACAAACAUCCAGACCCAGAAACAUAA